ACGUGUAGGAGAAAGCACAGCAAAUUUCUGCGCCGGUGACCGGCGCGGAGAGCUGUGGCCCGGUCCACAGCCAGAGCAAGCAUGGGGCGUCCUGCUAUUUCUGCUGCGGCAGCAGCUGCGGCUUCUCCUCCUGAGAGGCUCCGCCGCGGCGCUGCGUGAGGCUCCCGCAGACCCAGUCAGUCUGCAAAAGCCCAGCCCCAGGCUGGUGGCUCACUCUCUCCGUCCCUCGUUAUCCCCCAGAGUGAGGGAGGGCGCCUCUGGAAAAGAAACUCGGCCGCAUCCUUUGCCCUGAGGCAGGCAGCCUGGAAUGAGCCUCUGCUGACAUGUGCAGGAUGUCUUUCAAGAAGGAAACGCCACUUGCAAAUGCUGCAUUCUGGGCAGCAAGAAAAGGAAACCUGGCUCUUCUGAAACUCUUGUUAAACAGUGGUCGGGUGGAUGUGGACUGCAGAGACAGUGUAUGAACUCGCAUGGUACCACUCUCCUCAUGGUUGCUUCCUAUGCUGGCCACAUAGACUGUGUGAGGGAAUUGGUUCUCCAAGGAGCAGAUAUCAACCUUCAGAGAGAGUCAGGUACAACUGCUCUCUUCUUUGCUGCACAACAAGGCCACAAUGAUGUGGUGAGAUUUCUCUUUGAAUUUGGAGCUUCCACUGAAUUUAGAACUAAAGAUGGCGGUACUGCAUUGUUGGCAGCCAGUCAGUAUGGUCACAUGCGAGUGGUAGAGACCUUAUUGAAGUAUGGAGCCAACAUUCAUGAUCAACUUUAUGAUGGAGCCACUGCACUCUUCCUCGCAGCCCAAGGAGGUUACUUGGAUGUGAUUCGAUUAUUGUUAUCUUCAGGAGCAAAAGUCAACCAACCAAGGCAGGAUGGGACAGCUCCAUUGUGGAUAGCAUCUCAGAUGGGACACAGUGAGGUAGUAAGAGUGAUGUUGCUUCGAGGAGCAGAUCGGGAUGCUACCAGGAAUGAUGGUACCACAGCAUUAUUGAAAGCUGCCAAUAAAGGGUACAACGAUGUCAUCGAGGAACUCCUGAAGUUCUCUCCCACUCUUGGCCUUCUAAAGAAUGGAACAACAGCUCUCCAUGCUGCAGUGCUCAGCGGUAAUAUCAGAGCAGUCGCUUUGCUCCUGGAAGCAGGAGCAGACCCUGCCCUGAGAAAUAAGGCAAAUGAGCUACCAGCAGAACUAACCAAAAAUGAGCGCAUUUUACGUCUCCUCCGAAGUAAGGAAACACACAGGAAGAGCUAAUUCAGCGGGUACUUCACGGUGGCUAAGCCCUGUCCACAUUAGUAAGAAAGUAAAUUUGUUCUGCAAAUAGUUUUGGACUUUGAUUCUUGAAAGCAUUUUGUUUAAUUGGCUCACAAUGUCUCCAGGGCGGCUCUCUGGACAAUCUUGGGGCUUUCAGGUUGCCCUGGGUCGGAGGUAUGGGGCAAAUCCCAGAUGCCUUCACUCUCACUUACAACAGGGUUUAACACUGGCCUGUUAACCAGACUCCACUGUGGUUUUGCACCUUCAUGGGGUGGAAAGAAAUCCCCUUGUCAUUUAGUUAACAAAUUCUAAGGUGGACAGGGCUUCCAGCCCUCAUCAAGGCCAAAAGAGGUUCUGCCCUCCUUAGGGGGCUUAAAGUCUGACAUCUAACUGAUUAAUUGCACUUUCCCUUUUGUAUCACUCUGUUAAUAGAAACAUGUGCAUAUCAUCAUCUAGAGAAUAUCUUUUACUUCAUUGCAAAUAUAUUUUCUUCCACUUCAGGAUCACAGCCAUAAUGAUUAGGAACCAGGUGAAUGGCAAACACAAAUGUCCUCUUGUCAAAGAGCACCGAUAUUAUUUGUCAAGAAUGCAAAUGCUUCUCAAGGAUAAGGUGUUUGGCUGGUGUUUUAUGAGUUAGUCCUCUCUUUGUUCCUCACAUUAAUAUGCCAUCUUUGAUUAAGAUAUGGGAGAGAGGCAAAUUGAACAUUUCAGAAGGAGGCAGUGUAGAAUAGUGGAAAGAAGAGUAGAUUUGGAAUAAAAAAAACCGGAUUCAAAUUCCAAUUCUGACACAUGAUAUUGAAUAGGUAAAAAUCAUUUGUAAAAUGAGAGAGUUGGGAUGGAAUAACUCUUUAAGUUUCCGUAAAGCCCCUCCCAGUUCUAAAUCUAUUAUCCUUUGAAAAGUCACUUUAACUUUGAUUCAGGGAAAUUGCAAAAAUAUCCAAAAUUCAAGCUUGUUCCCCUGAACUUUAAUUUCAGUUCUACCCUUUGGAAAAUCUUUCCCAGGACAGAAGGAGAUUUUAUUUACUGAGGAAUCUAGAACUUCUAUUGAGGAAUGUAAAACUAAUAUCAUUUUGCUUUAUGCAAUAGAUUUUGAGGACCUAGAAUAAAAUGUAAUUUAAAAGUAAGCUGUGUUGUUACUAUCACACUUGUGUAAGUUAUGCCUAAAUGUGAUUCAUUUAAUAAACCUCUACCUGUGCAUGGGAUAUACUAAUUGAUUCCAAGAAAGGAAUUGGGUUCUGUAUUGUUUAUUUUAAAGUUGUUCUUUUGGGAAAACUUAUGUUAAAUGCACUUAAUUAUAUUAAAUGUACUUAAUUAUCAAUGGUGUCUAAUUGCCUCAUAAUCAGUGCCUAUUUUCACAUACAUAACAAAAGUAAGCUUUCCAUCAUUUGAAUGUAGGAAAUAUUAAAGAUAUUUCUGUAGUUUAAAGAUGUCUUCAGCUUUCUUGUUAAUGUUAUGCUUUGGUUCCCAGGUCAUGGAUCUGUUUGAAGGAAAUGGUGAUUUAUCCAUUUGCUGUAUAACCUCUAAGUAUUUAAAUGUGUGUUCAAACAUUUUUCAGUCAUGUCUGACUCUUUGUGAUCCCAUAUGGAGUCUUCUUGGCAGACAUACUGGAGUAGUUUGCCAUUUCCUUCUCCAGUUCAUUUUACAAAGAGGGCAACUGAAACAAGCCCAGGUAGCCCAGAUAGCUAAUAAGUAUCUGAAGCCAGAUUUGAACUCAGGAACAUGAGUUUCCUGACUCUAGACCCUAGUACUCUACCCACUGUGCCACAUAGCUGCCUAGCAAUUAGUUGAUGCAUUUCAAUUUUUAAAGGUAUAAAAUGACCCUUAAAAUUUGUAUCAAUUACUACAAACAGCAGGUUGUCCUUAUGAGAACAACCACUUUUGCAGCAGAACCAAUUUUGCAGCAAAACUCUCUAAGUGAGAAACAACAUGAUGUCUCAGUGUAUUGCCCUGGAAGUAAUGAAAUCCAGGUUUCUAGUCCUUUCUCUGUCACUGACCGUCAAGCUGUGAAACUCAGAGCAAAUUAUAUCAUCUCUCUGGGCUUAAGUUUCCUCAGCUAUAAAAUGUCAGAGUUGUACUAAAUGAUCUCUAGGUUUCUUCCAGCUUGAAAUCCUAUGAUUCUGAUAUGCAAUAGGGACCAAAAUAACAUCAUGAGAAAUAUGAAUCCUGAUCCAAGAAGGGCCAAAUGAUAAAGGAGAAAAGAAUCACAAACCUAACUAUAUAUAUUCAGAUUUGCCAUCGUUGACAUGUAUAAUUGAACAAGUGGAUAAAAAUCUAGAACAAAUUUAAAGGCUUAAAAGAGAACAUAGAAACUUAAAACAAUUUAACUGGGACUCUUUUAGCUAUUGAGGAAGUUUGAAAGGGUAAGUGGCACAGUGGAUAGAGUGCUGGGCAUGGAAUUGGGAAGAUCUGAGUUCAAAUAUGGUCUCAGGCACUUAUUAGCUGUGUGUCUUGUGAAAGUCACUCAAUCCUAUUUUCCUCAGUUUUUUCAUCUGUAAAAUGAGCUGGAGAAGGAAAUGACAAACUACUUCAAUAUCUUUGCCAAGAAAGGCCCAAAUGAGCUCAUGAAGAAUUGGACACAAUUGAGCAACAGCAUAUCUUGUUAUCCAUUUUCCAUGUUAAAAUUGAAUAUACUACACAGUUUGUAUUUGCUUUAAAAAAAAAAAUUAGAAGUUGUUUUUGUUUCAGCAGCAUAUAAUUUGUGUAGAUAAUCUAAACCUGGUAUUAAAUAUAUAAAUUGUUUUAGAACAUUAAUAAAACCUGAAGAAUAGAUCUAAGUGGCAAAGUGAAUAAAAUCCUGAGCUUGAAGUCAGGAAAAAAAAAAAAACUGAGUUUGAAAACUACAUCAAUUAUGUGACUUUGGGUACAUGGGUUCAAUUCAGUUUUCUCUUCCAUAAAUUGGGCAUAAUAAUACCUACCUCACAGGGUUGUUGUGAGGAUCUAGUGAGAUACCAUGUGUAAAGUGCUUUGUAAUCUCUAAAGACUUACAUAAAUGCUGGUUAUUAGUGACAAUUUCCUCAACAUUAUCAUCUUCAUUAUACUCUAAUAUAUGCCUGUUAAUUAA